GUGAUGACGCUGGAUGUAUAUGAGCGCAAGCGGCGGGAUCUCUUUCCUUUUUACCGCCAUCAGCGCGGAGCUUUUUUCUUUGAGACCGCUUCACUGCGCACUGCCAUUCAGCAAAGCCGCCAGGAAAAGGUAUUCCCUGGACUGAACCAAGAUGGCAGACAUCGACAACAAAGACCAGGCAGAGCUGGACAUGGCAGAUAUGGAGGACGUGGAGGAAGUGGAGGAUGAGGAAGCUGGGGAGGACGUCAACAGCAAAGCUCGUCAGCUGACGGCCCAGAUGAUGCAGAACCCACAGAUCCUGGCGGCCCUUCAGGAGAGGCUGGACGGGCUGGUGGGGUCCCCGUCCGGCUACAUGGAGAGUUUGCCCAAGGUAGUGAAGAGGCGAGUGAAUGCCCUGAAGAACCUGCAGGUGAAGUGCGCCCAGAUCGAGGCCAAGUUUUACGAAGAAGUCCACGAGCUGGAGAGGAAGUACGCAGCCCUGUACCAGCCCCUCUUCGACAAGCGAAGCGACAUCGUCAAGGCGGCGUACGAGCCCACGGAUGAGGAGUGCGAGUGGAAGGCGGACGAGGAGGAAGAGCUGACCGUAAGUACGCAGGAGGAAAUGAAGGAAAAGGCUAAAGUGGAGGAGGAGAAGAAGGACGAAGAGAAGGAAGACCCGAAGGGAAUCCCCGAGUUCUGGCUGACCGUCUUCAAGAACGUGGACUUGCUCAGCGACAUGCUGCAGGAACACGACGAACCGAUUCUGAAGCACUUACAAGACAUCAAAGUCAAGUUCUCCGACCCAGGCCAGCCGAUGAGCUUCACGUUAGAGUUUUACUUCGAGCCCAACGACUUCUUCACAAACCAAGUGCUGACGAAAACCUACAAGAUGAGGUCGGAGCCGGACGAGUCGGACCCCUUCUCCUUCGACGGGCCGGAGAUCAUGGGCUGCACGGGGUGCCAGAUCGACUGGACGAAGGGGAAGAACGUCACACUGAAGACCAUCAAGAAGAAGCAGAAGCACAAGGGGCGUGGCACGGUCCGGACCGUCACCAAAACCGUCCCCAACGACUCCUUCUUCAAUUUCUUCAGCCCCCCCGAAGUCCCUGAAAGUGGAGAGUUGGACGAGGACUCCGAGGCCAUCCUGGCGGCCGACUUCGAGAUCGGCCACUUCCUGCGCGAGCGCAUCGUCCCGCGGGCGGUGCUGUACUUCACGGGCGAGGCCAUCGAGGACGACGACGAUGAUUACGACGAGGAGGGAGAGGAGGCCGACGAUGAGGAGGGGGAGGAGGAAGCUGACGAGGAGAACGACCCUGAAUACGACCCCAAGGUUUAAGUGGUGUCUGUAGAAAUAACCCUAUCCUGAAGGACGCGAACCCCCCAGCUGAGUGUAAGCAGCAGUGAAGCCUGGACCCUGUGGCCUUGAGGAUCAACCGCACUGUAACGGCUUCUGAAACAAAAACAAAAAAACAACAAAAAAAAAAACAUAGUUACUUACCGCCUUAUAAUGUUUUGUAUUUUUCUUGGUAGGAAUUAAAAAUAAAGAAGUUUCAACAGAUUUUUGUUACUCCGAACUCAUCAGGGAGCCGGUUCCAUGUCUCGGCUCAUUCUGCAUAGCAUUUUACUAGACUUCCCCCUCCCCUCUGACCCCCCCCACACCCUCACCUCUCUGUACAAAUAGUUAGAAUGCAGUAACUCCCUCUCCCCCAAAAAAAAAGAAAAAAAAAGCAUGAACUUGUUUCCACACUGCUGAGUAGUUUGGGGUCUUGUGAAGUCUUUUGUUGUAUUGCUCUUAGACAACAGCUGUGGAAAGAUUACAGUUUGGGGGCGACAAUAAAUUAAAACAAGCGCAAAAGAAAUAAAUAAUAAACACAGCUGAUCAUUGAUGCCGGUAGUUUAUGGAGUAUAUCCUCUUCACCCCUUUCAUAGAACUAUAGCAUCUUCUCACCGGAACUGUGCGGUUGCCUCUUUUGAGGAAUAUAAUGCGUACAUCAGCCACGUGGUCUGAUGCCUUGAGGUUUAAAUCCGACAGCGGCCACGCUGGACCUCUUUAAUCACUGCUAGGACUAUGUACCUGCGUACGUGGGUGUUGUAGCUGUGCUUUCGAAAGUGAGCUGUGCCCCCGCGUCCGUAAACAAACAUUCCAGUUUUACAGGUGUGACGUUCAGAAUUGGACCUGGCUCAGUUUGGACUGAAUCAUGUCGAAGCUGCUAAAUGAGUUUAAUUUAAUUCCUUGCGUUCUUGGAUUAGGGCGGGUUUAAUUCGUGGAGAAAAAAAUAAAAAAUGUUUAGCUCGCACUCCGCUUAUGUGAUCUAGUUGACCCCUUAACAUUCCAAAUCAUUAUUUGAAAGUGGUUGCAAACUAGGAGAGCCUGCUAAACAUUUUACUUCGGUUCUCAGGCAGAAGGGUUGCCAGAGAAUUUCAUAGACCGUCGUCAGAGAGAAGGUGGUGACUGAGAGAUGAGCUGCUGGUAUUUUUUUUCCCUGAACAGAAAAUUAAAAAUUAAUAAAUGCAUGUCCAAGUAUCUGACUGAAAUGUGCGGACGUUUUACACGGACAUUAUAAAAUGUGCAUCUUCGUUUGUUGCCUCCUUUGCAUUGUGCGUUCAGUUGGACGCUAUACAAUAUUUUCGGUCCUUUCCUCUAUAUAAAGAUUGUGUUGUUGGUAGAUUAUCUUGGUUAUGAAUUUAUCGGAAAGACCGUUGCUGGUUAAGUUAAUCGACUCGAUGCACAUUGUCCGUGGGAAAUUCUGCACCUGCGCAGUAUUUCUUGGCUGGGAAUCGGCCUCCAGUGUUGACAGAUGAGUGGGUCACAUGACGCCACUAAUUAAACCAACCUAAAAUAACGAACUUUUUUCAGUCUGCACUUUGUUUUCUACGAAAAGGAGUAGGUUUCGAGUGGUUAACCAAAAAAAAAAAAAAAACUAGCCAAACCCUUAGUCGAGCUGGCUUACGGGGGCAGUCUGAAGUGCGUUCGACGCCAGUUGUGGUCUCGUGCAUACUUUUUGUCAGCAGUGUUGGUAACGCGCAGCCUGGAACGCAGCUGCGUCCCAAGUUGUCGUUCAUGCGAUGCUACGAAACGCGGGGUGACCGGGUCUGUAGGAGGCGGGCGGUGGAUACUUACCCGACGGCUCUAUGUUUUGCAGUGUUCCCUGGUAACGGUACUCUUGCGCUGGGGGGUUUAGGGUUUAGUGUUCAGGACGAACUGCUACAGACUGCCCGCUCUCUCACUCCUUUUAUAAUUCAGGUCCUGAACUGCCGUUUGGCGCGCGCCGUGGUCACUAGCCAGCCCUCUCCAUGGGAGCAUUUAAGGGUUCAGACGGGCCGAUGGGAGAUCGGUACCGUCUGACCACGGGAGUGUAUUAAAAAAAAAAAAAAAGACAUUAAAGUGAUUCUGCCUUGAUCUUUCCAGCAGCUGUUGUCAAAGCAAAAUGCUAUGCUACAAAAUACUAAUGUACUCAAUAAUUGUACGUGUAUGUAUAUUCAUGAAUAAAAUGGAUAAACGUG